AUGCUCACGAGAACAGCUUUCUUGGGGACGCUGUGCCAGACGGUCUUCCUCGCUUUCGGGACUAUCGAAAUUGGUCAAGAUCCACAGGCACAGUCAAAAAGCAAACAAAGCACAAGUGAUGGGGAGGGGCACUCAGUAACAAUGCAGCCAAAGAGCUACCAGACAAAGACUUUUUGUUCACACUUCGUCUUCACAGAAAGAAUCACUCUUGAAGCAUCAAUCUCACUACAAAGCGUUACACAAGGGAAUUUGAAAUGCCUUCCCCACCGACCAACAAGCGACCUUAAACUCGACUAUUACGAUCAAAGGGCUCAAUACAAUCACCGUCACAAAGUACGUGUGCAUUGUCAAUAUAUGAACCGCGUUGAGGCUCCGAUGUAUAGGAUAUAA